CUAUCUUUCAGGCCAUCACCAAGCAGAAUGUGUGUGACACAGAGGAGUCUACGAUAGUGGAACAUAUCACUAACAGGAAAUGGGCAGCAGCGGCUAAGUUCAUCAUGAACCAUAAAGACUUAACUCAAGAAGUCAAAAAAAACAUACUUUCACUGCUUGAGAAUGAGUGCAAGACAAUAUGCAACCCCAACAACAAUUUCAUUUUGUGGAGGUCAUCGCCAGAAGAUCUUAAGUCCUCAUUUGACAAGCUUGAAUCAGACCUACAGCGUCUGUCACCUCUUCUGUUCUCUAUCUUUGCUACCAUCUGCAACAACUCCAGUCCUGUCAUCUGUGCUGCUUCUGCUAUCGCACUCAGAGGGCGACAACCCCGUCUGUCAGCAUUUGCUCAUUAUUUGAACUGUGUUCUUCUGUAUGGGGGUGCAAAGAAGGCUGUCUUUGACAGACUUAGCAAACUUGCAAUAACAACUGCUCACACAAAUGCAAUAGGAAAGCAAAAGGAGUUGGCAAACACAUGUGGAGACAGUCUUUUCCUGCUAAAGAGGCUGAACGAAUCAUUCUUGACUCUGGAGACUGAGCGCCAUAGAAAUGUUGGCCUCAGAGAGGACAAAAAGGCAAUGAGUCCAUCGCGCAAACCAGAACUUAUCCCCACAGAUGUCUUCUUGAGCACUGAAGAACUUCAGUUGUCAGAGGAGGAGUUGGAAUGCAGUGAAGAAAAGGCCACUGAAGAAGAAAAUAUCAUAUCUGUGCUUCUGCCAGAGAGCCAGCCAACUCCACCAAACACAUAUUCCAUAAUCAUGGAUAACUUGGAUUUUUUUCAUGCAUGCACACCAUCAGUCCACCCUCCACCGUAACAGAUCCAUUCACUGGAUACACCACAUUGCUGUAUAGGAUCGUAUUCCAACACAUCACCUGGCCAACGACAUACCGCUUUUGGAUCUUCAACAGUACAACCUCACUAUGUCACUCCCAGGACAUGAAACACAAACAUAUAUGCGGAGAGAGUUUAUUGUCAUUGGUAGUAGAAUUUUGACACAGUAUCUGGCAGUUUUCAAAUCUUUUCGCAAUGUUGUGGUGCAUCACAUACCACAUCAGUACUCGGAGGAAA